AUGAUCUCUUCGAGCAAUGGGAUCUGUGUAAGGGGUCCGGGUAGCCGGGGUCUGUCGCCGCUGUGUUCAGCCAUGAGCCAUGGCAGAGGAGUGAGAGGUGACAGAGCCGAGAAGCUAGAGGCUUAUGCUCCCAAGCGAAUAGGCCUGGGACCGUAUCACCAUUUUCGCCUCGACCUCUAUCAGAUGGAGAGGAAAAAGCUUGUUGCAGCCGAAAAAGUUCUGAAGCCGGACCAGAUUGUCAACUUCCAGCAACUCGUCGUCAAUAAACUGGUGGAGCUUGAGCCCACCGUCCGGGCAUGCUACGGCGACUACUUGGAUCUUGAUGGCGAUACAUUAGCAUGGAUUUGGGCAAUUGACGGUUUGUUCCUGCACUAUUAUUUGGGUUAUUGGAACCCCAGUUUUGAUUCUUCAGUGUGCACCACUCGACUUACGCUUUACAAAGUAAUUUGA